GGGACGCGCUUUGGCUGUUCCCGCGAGGCGCCUCACACCACCAACGCUGCUCUCUUCACGGAAUUACUCGCCCGAAAGCCCUUUUGUGGAGGGAAGAAACCGUAAAAGUGACACUAACUAAGUAACAGCAGCUACAGAGGCAGCAGCUAAUCCGGUAUAUAAGAGAGAGCCACCUGUGAGGCAGAAAUAAGGCAAAAGCCCUCGCCUCACCGUCCUCUGUAACAGCCUCAACCCCACCCCAUUGGGCUUACUAGAUUUGACCUGUGUGGAGGAAAUAACCAAAAAUUGAGAAAAUUCCCCGAUUACGCGCCGCUUCCCCUUGGUGGAGAAAGGCGGGGAAAGAGAAGAGGAAGAAGAAUAGUUUAGUAAAGAGACUGUGGUGAAAAACGUCAAAAUUAGCGCGAUAAUAUUAGUUGAUCAGCAAACAUGGCGUGUUGCCUAAGCGAGGAAGCCAAGGAACAGAAGAGGAUAAACCAAGAGAUAGAACGACAAUUACGAAAGGAUAAGAGAGAUGCUAGAAAAGAACUCAAACUACUGUUAUUGGGGACUGGAGAAUCAGGCAAAUCAACAUUUAUCAAACAGAUGCGUAUUAUCCAUGGUGCUGGUUACAGCGAUGAAGACAAGCGAGGGUUUAUUAAGCUGGUCUUCCAGAAUAUCUUCAUGGCCAUGCAGUCUAUGAUCAGAGCCAUGGAUCUUCUUCAAAUAUCUUAUGGAGAUUCAGCAAAUAUUGAACAUGCAGACUUGGUACGGUCAGUGGAGUAUGAGUCUGUAACAACAUUUGAAGAGCCAUAUGUGACAGCCAUGAAGUCCCUGUGGCAAGACACGGGGAUUCAGCACUGCUACGAUCGGCGCAGAGAAUACCAGCUCACAGACUCUGCAAAAUACUAUUUAUCAUCUUUAGACCGCAUAGCUGCCAAGGACUAUGUUUGCACACUACAAGACAUUCUAAGAGUGAGAGCACCCACAACAGGCAUUAUAGAGUAUCCCUUUGACCUAGAAGAAAUCAGAUUUAGGAUGGUAGAUGUGGGUGGUCAGCGAUCUGAGCGACGGAAGUGGAUCCAUUGUUUCGAAAAUGUCACUUCAAUCAUCUUUCUGGUUGCCCUCUCAGAGUAUGAUCAGAUUCUCUUCGAAUCUGAUAAUGAGAAUCGUAUGGAGGAAUCAAAGGCCCUCUUCAAGACUAUCAUUACUUACCCAUGGUUCCAACAUUCUUCUGUCAUUCUUUUCCUAAACAAGAAGGAUCUGUUAGAAGAAAAGAUCAUGUACUCACAUCUUGUGGACUAUUUUCCAGAAUUUGAUGGCACACGGAGGGAUGCCAUUGCAGCCCGAGAGUUCAUCCUACGGAUGUUUGUAGAGUUAAACCCUGACCCAGAGAAGAUAAUCUAUUCCCAUUUCACUUGUGCGACAGAUACUGAGAACAUACGGUUUGUCUUCGCUGCUGUCAAAGAUACGAUCUUGCAGCUAAAUCUAAAGGAAUACAACUUGGUGUAACAUAGAGCUAUGUCCAACUGACUGAGAGUGUACACAAGGUGAAGUGACAGUAUCUUCCCUUCUCUUGAAAGGGGCCGUUGGCCAAGGUCAUCACUUCAUUGCCCAUACAUGGACACAUUAACAUUGUUUGAAACAAGACAUUAGUACAUUGAAUAUAUUAAGUCAUAUUCAGUGUCCCAAAGUAAAAAGGCUCAUUUUAUACUUUUUUGUUAUUUAUAUAUUUUUAAUAUUUCCAAAGAUUUGUAUGGGCCUCAUCUUCCCUGUUUGCUGAGCUAUGCUUAGCAGGGAUGGCUACUUGCAAACAACCUGACCAAGGGAUGUUUUGAUGCUAUUAAGCCUUCAUACUUUAUUAUACAGUUCCAUUUUGUGUAAUGUACGCCAUUUCCAAGUCCCCAGUUGCGUACACCAUCUGUUAUCCCAGUCUCAUACCUAGGAGGGGCGAAUGAACUGGUCUAAAAAACAAUUUAUCUCUCAUUUGCCAUGCUGCCAGACUGGUCGCCCCCUCCCCCCCUACCCAUGUCCCGUGCUCACUACCAAUGCUGCCAAUGAGUCCUGGGCUCCCUGGUGGUAAAGGUGCUCCCUAAGCCCCGAUUCAUGCGUGUGGAUAUGUGUGUGUCGCUUAAGCCACACUAAGCUGCUGCUACAUGUGCAUAACUUGGAGCUGAUGUUAGUGUGUGCAUUGAUAUACAUCUUGGGCUGACACACUCCAUACUUAACGAAAUAAUGCUCCAGCCUCUUUUUCUUGCCUUUGCGGGAAAGUUUGCUUGCCUUGCAGGUGAUUGUUAGGAUGUUUUGUGUUGGUGGCUUUUAUAUACUUCACAUAUAUAAACAUUAUGUGGUCUAACGUUCAUCUUAGUGUGUGAUAUUUUGUAGUUGAUUAUGAGAGGAGAUACCCAUCAUGUAUAGGCCUGCAAAGUUUCCUGGAGGUUAAGGAAGGAACUGUUAACUACCAAGACAUUAUGCACCUCCAGUGUUGAUUUAUACACCUGGACCUCAAGAAUGUAGACCACUGAAAACCAGCCAAAUGAUGCAGCAGCUUAAAACAGUGAGUCAUAUAGCGUCCAAAGUGUGAAAAUGAUGCAAGCAAGAGUCAACUGAUCAACACAAUAAAUAUGAAGCUACACAACAAGAGUGAUGAAGGAAAACGUUGAAGUACUGCAGUGCUUAGCAACUGACGACUAACACUCAGUUAGUAACAAUCUGAAUUAUUCAGGUUUUUGAGUUUGAAAUGCUGCUGUCAAUUGGAACUGUGUCUAUCCCUGUAUGGACACAAGUGCUUGUGAUAUGUUGGUGGUAGCAAAUCUGGCAUUUACAUGUGUCUCUAGGUAGUCUGUUCUAUCCUACCUGGUGACAAAACCAGCCAGACACUGACAUUAACCACCAAGUGACACAAGGCCAAUAGGUGAGGUGCUACAGACUAUAGGCUCUGAAGUAUGUACUCUUGCCUCGAAAAGUGCAAUUCAAAGUUAGCUGACUCGGAGCUGAGACUUAAGACACUUGUGGCUUAUGCGAAAGUGAGCCUAGACUGGUAUUUUUGAGUAUCACUAGCCAUUUACUGAUAAUCAUGCUUGUAUGUGACGUGUGUUCAAUGCAACCUGCGCACGAGGGUGUGCCUACAAAUGUGUCCAACACUGUCUCAGAUGAUAGUGUGCUGAUUAAAGAUAAUGCGUGAUGGUGGUGAUUGUUGAAUGCUGUUGAUGGUGACUGUAGACGGAAGUACUAGUCAGUAUGGGCGUGGGUGAAGACAAUUGCCCGCUGCUCAUGUUACUUGUAUAUAUGUGUCUGUAAUAAUAACUAUUAGGUGUAUGGGUGUGGAGAAGCCUGGCAAACCCGUAUGGGAUUGCUCCUGAUGAAGGCAGUGAAUGUGCAGAUGGAGAGAAAGUGAAAACAGACCAUGGACAAAGACGUUCCAAAAGCUUGGCGCACCCUAGCAAAAGGGCUGUGUGCUAAUUCUAGUCUCUGGUGCCAUUGCGUGUUUCAUACAAGGCAAGCCCAUCUUACUGUGGGCUGGUCUGAACCUGGCUAUUAUGGCAGACAAACAUGGAUCAGCUGGUGAGGGCAGAAGACCCACAGAUAACAGCUGAGAAGAGCAGGCAAAGUGGCUCACAUUGAAGCUUUGCCUGCAGCGUAGACUUAGCUCAACCCCAGCCAUGUGAAGUACGCAUGAGACGUACAUGUGGCACGUGUGCUUCUGCUUGCAGGUUCUGCCAUGUUUGUUGGGCAGCUUGUAUAAUUAGUAGAGACUAGGGUAAUUACACACAGCCCUUGAAAAGAGCCUUUACCUUCCAAUCGUUUGUACACUUGUUGUUAUAUUCUAUUAACUUCAGGUUGCAUUUUGUCUAUUGUUUGUAGUAUGUACAGAACCAGUAAGGUAUUAUUUUUAUUCAUUAUCAUUACUUUUAUGAACUUGAAAGAAUGUGUUGACAGUAAUUAUCAAUCAUGUGUAUUAAAAGACUUGUUCUAAGGUUAAAAAAAAAUUGAAAACCCCAUAUGUACCAAAGUAUAACUUGACUUUAUUUUUAAAGUGGCCGACCUGUAGCAAGCGGCAGCAACGAGUGGAGGAGGCAUCAAGAAGGCCGCCUGCCACCCUGCCCUGGUUCAUAGCUUUCAGUCUUGCCUCCCGCCCUGCCCUCCCUGGGUCCUCCCCCGGCCCUGGGGGGCAUGGCGGUUUAGGCCCCCGGGCAGUUGUGGUGUGGUGGGGCCAGGGACCCAGUCUCCCCCCUGAAGGACCCCGGCCUCUCCCUGGCCUAUUGAAGGCAGGAUGUAGCCAGUACAAGCUAAGAGAUGCUUCUAAAGGUUACACCUUGCCUGGCUUCCUAUCAGUGCCCAACCGCCACACAGCGAUGGCUGGUUGGGCACAGGUGUGUGGGCAGCAGGAGGAAUAACCAUAAGGUCAACAAAACCCCUGCUGCCUACACUUCACCACCCGUCUUCCGCAUUGCUUCACCCACACCAACUCGGCUCACUCCACUACCCAUUAAGCUUCAAACCGGAAGAAUAAGGAGGGAUUUGUGUUUUAAGAAUAAAUAUUUAUUGAAACAUAAA